GAGGUUAGCGAUGGGCGUAACUCUCAAAGCAAGACUGCCUCCUUCUGUCCUCGCACCGUCCGCCCGGGCCGGUGCUCCGAAACCAAAGAGCGGACCCACCCGCAGCUCCACGCCUCGGUCCUUCCGCCCUCUCUGGCUCACUCACACGCUCACCUCCUUCCCUCUUCGGAGCUUCCAAAGACCUCUCCCUCUAUAUACUCUCUCUUCUCUUCUCUGGUGACUUUCCGACCCUACUGCCCCAAGAUCUCUCCUCCUCCCUCUUUGAUCUCUCUAUAUCUCCUACCAUGGCCGCCUCCAUCGCCUUCAAUCCCCACGUCAUCCCGGCGAGAUCCGCCGCCCCAAGGAGGGUUGCACCUCUCCAGACCCUCUCCGCCGCCCCCCGCCUCGCUGCCCGAUCCCUUUGCUUCAAGACCAGCCUCAGAUCGGAUGGGACCGCUGCCUUCUCUGGUGUGAGAACUCAGGCGGCAGUCGUUGAGCAAGCAAGCAUUGAACAGGCUCAAAAUGUGGAAGCUCCUGUUGCCAUAGUCACUGGAGGUUCUAGAGGAAUUGGAAAAGCAAUAGCAUUAGCCUUGGGCAAAGCUGGUUGCAAGGUCCUUAUAAAUUAUGCCACAUCGACGGAGGAAGCUGAAGAAGUCUCCAAAGAAAUUGAGGCAUCUGGUGGUCAAGCCAUUAUAUUUUUUGGAGAUAUUUCGAAAGAAGAUGAUGUGGAAUCUAUGAUCAAGAUAGCAGCGGAUGCAUGGGGAACAGUUGACAUUUUGGUGAACAAUGCAGGAAUUACACGAGAUACAUUAUUGAUGAGAAUGAAGAAAUCACAGUGGCAGGAAGUAAUAGACGUGAAUCUAACUGGUGUCUUUCUUUGUACACAGGCUGCAGCCAAACUUAUGAUGAAGAAGAAAAAGGGAAAGAUCAUCAACAUAGCAUCUGUUGUUGGUCUUACUGGCAAUGCAGGUCAAGCUAAUUACAGUGCUUCAAAGGCAGGGGUGAUUGGUUUUACCAAAACUGUAGCAAGGGAAUAUGCAAGCAGAAAUAUCAAUGUGAAUGCUGUUGCCCCUGGGUUCAUUGCAUCUCCUAUGACUGCCCAACUUGGAGAAGACGUUGAGAAGAAGAUCUUGCAGACCAUCCCACUAGGGAGAUAUGGGCAACCAGAAGAAGUCGCUGGCUUGGUGGAGUUCUUGGCCCUGAAUCCUGCUGCAGAUUACAUAACCGGGCAGGUUUUUACCAUUGAUGGCGGGAUGGUAAUGUAAACUUGAGUGGAGGUUUCUUGAUAUAGUUUUCCAUUGUGUAUUAAGCCUCCACUUGGAAGUUCAGAGCUUUCCCACUCUUAGUUGCUGAUUAUGGACAUGUUGGUAAUGUGCUCCGGCUUUUUCACUGGUCGAGACUUUUUUCCCCGUGUUUUGAGUCUCCAUUCGGUAGUUCAGAUGUCUUGUUAAGUGAUUUAGUGACAAGAACAAGAAAAAUGUUAUCUCAUAUUUGCUGUUGGACAUACUUUCCUUCAACUGAUCUAUGUUUUGAUGGCUCAAAUCUAGUGAUAAGAGCAAGAAAAUGCAUUUUUU